AUGCGGUUCACCACACCUUACAGUUCAAUUUCUGAAGAGAAAGCGCCAAGGCAAAGCAACUCCCAUAAAGGGACUGCUGGUGCGAACAGCUUUAUUGAGAUUGAUUACACAGGAACAGAGCCUUCUAGUCCCUGCAACAAAUGUUUAAAUGUGUCCUGGGAUAGCACACCACCUUGUACUUGCACUAUUGAUUUCACACUGGAACAUUCAUUUGAGAGCAAUGUAUUCAUGUAUUACGGACUUUCCAACUUCUAUCAAAACCAUCGUCGUUACGUGAAGUCUCGAGAUGACAGCCAACUAAAUGGAGAUAACAGUUCAUUACUUAAUCCGAGUAAAGAAUGUGAGCCCUACCGCACAAACGAGGACAAGCCCAUUGCUCCUUGUGGAGCUAUUGCCAACAGUAUGUUUAAUGAUACGUUGGAGUUAUACCGCAUUGAUAACGAUACAAGGAUUCCUAUUACUUUGAUUAAAAAAGGCAUUGCAUGGUGGACAGAUAAAAAUGUAAAGUUCAGGAAUCCUUCAGGAGAUACAAAUAACUUAACUGCACUUUUCCAAGGCACAACAAAGCCUGUAAACUGGCCCAAGCCAGUGUAUAUGCUGGACUCAGAGCCUGACAACAAUGGCUUUAUCAAUGAAGACUUUAUUGUGUGGAUGCGUACUGCUGCUCUGCCUACGUUUCGCAAGCUAUAUCGUCUCAUCGAAAGGAAGAAUAACUUACAGCCUACCUUACAGGCUGGAAAAUAUUCUUUGGAUAUCACUUACAAUUAUCCUGUGCACAGCUUUGAUGGACGAAAAAGAAUGAUUCUAAGCACCAUCUCAUGGAUGGGAGGCAAAAAUCCCUUUUUGGGAAUUGCUUACAUCACUGUGGGGUCUAUAUGCUUCUUUUUAGGAGUUGUAUUGCUGAUCAUCCAUCACAAGUACGGAAAUCGAAACACUAGUGCAGACAUUCCCAAUUAAUCUUGCAUUCUGAAAACCAAUGUACUGCAUGUGCAUCAAGGCCAGUCCAGAAUGGACCCAGUUUUUAAAAGCUAAAUCUCUGCUUAUGACACUUCUGAAACUGGGUGCAUAAUUUCUGUUUGAUCUAAAACCUCCUUUUCCCCUCGCUGUGGAUUAACUCUUGAAAAUGACGGGUAUACAAUUAACUGUAUUGAUUGUAUCUCUGCUUAUGUCAGAAAUGACUUUCUGAUGUUUGCCUCUAACUGGGCGGGCCACAUGAUGCAUAUAGCUUCUGUUCCCUUGAUGCAUCUGCUGCUUGUUUAUGUGCUGUGUAAUGUCAGUAUGAUUCAGUACAUAUAGAUUGCGUGGAGAAAGACUUAUGACAUACUGUGUAAAUUUUUAAGAAUUUUCAGGAUUCAGGUGUCAGUGCUGUUGAAAGGAAAAGUCAAGUCUUUAAUGUUUUUUCAAUUUACUGUGUUGUGUGCAUGGGCUUUCAUGUUUCUUGCUGAGAUGUUAAUAUAUUUAUAUAAGUUGUUAAAUAUUUUUUUUCCUGUGUCCUACCCCACUCUGUUAUGUUAGAUACUCAAAGUGCAGUGUAAAUUACAGCACUUGGGAUUCUUUUUAUAUUUACAAGAGAUGUGCCUGGCCAGUAAACUAGCAUCUUGUGAAGAUACCGGAAAACCUAUUUGUUAAUUAUCUGCAUGAGUCCGUUCUAAAGUGUGAUCUAAAUUGGGAAGCGUUUGUUGCAGGUAAAACCUGCUUUGUUCUAAUUUUCUUUCCUUUAAUUCAUUUCUAAGACUAGUUUACCUAUUGUGCUUGCUAUUUUUGCUUUUUACGAGCAGAUCCAAGCAUUAAUCAAGAAGAAAUUAAAAUAUUUUUGUUUCCAUUCAUAAAUCUGGGUUGGAUAGUUCUUUUACUGAAGGAGUUUCCUUAUUUUCUUGAGGCAUAUAUAUUCCUAGCAGGCUUUGUUGUAAAGGAAAUGUCAUACUCUGUUUCCUUGUUUGGAGUAAACAAUACAUGAAAUUCUUGUGGUGUUGAGAUACUGAAUUACAGCAAUUUAAAAAUUGAGAUGACAGUACCUUCUCUUUCAAAUACAGUUUGAGCUUGCUGUGAAACCUAAUUGAAAUGUUGCAGUUAGAAGCAAAGAGCGGGUUAGUGUCUUAAAUCGUAUUACUGAAGGGUUCACUUUUUGGGUUACUUCCACAUUAACUGUAACCUGUAAACUAUUAUUUUUGGUGACUAUUUUUAGACGAUGCACAGAAAUUGUAAUGUAUAUGGUGGAGAUCACUUUAUAUGCGAGUAGCUUGAUAAAGUAUUGAAUAUAUAUUAAAAAAACUAAUAAAUUCUGCAAACUAUUUACUAAGAUA